CUUUAUAAGUGGGAGUGACGUCAUUUGCUCUUCCGCCAUCUUCGCUUCCUGAACCCUACUACAUGUUUACGUUUAGGUUGGAGAAGAAUCUGUUCACCGAAAGCAAAGGAGUAAUAUUUGUAGAUUAACCGAGGACAGCCAGCAUUCCUUUGGUGGUGGCAGCAGUCUUGGAUGUGGCAGUGGAAGUGGCGGCAGUGGUGGUGGGAGCUGCAGCGGCAGUGGUAGCAGCAACUUCAGCAGCGACGGUGGCUACGGGGGCAGCAGCAGCACCACCGCCGCCACAACAGGUCGAGGAGGGUUUGAGUACCAGGUGCCCCAGGUCACUGUCAGCCAGCACGACAGCUGCUUCAGCAUCGACAGCCUCGAGCACGACUAUGAGCCCAUCGAGAACAUUGUGAUCGUCACACCCCCACCCACCCCACCCCGCAACCCCACCCCUGUGCUGUGGAAGUCUUCUGCAGCUGCCAGUGGUGGAGGUCGCAGAAUGGCUGACGGGGCACCCAAGCAUGUCAAAGCCAUCUACAACUUUAAGGGGACCAACAAUGAUGAGUUAUGCUUCUGCAAAGGAGAUAUAGUGACUGUCACUCAAGUGGUGGAAGGAGGUUGGUGGGAGGGGACCCUCAAUGGCAAGACUGGAUGGUUUCCUAGCAACUAUGUAAAAGAAGUGAAAGCAGAUAUAGGUUUGAAGAGUGCAAAAGGUGCGGAUGUCCCAGUCUAUAAGCGUGAGAGUAUGCAGCUCUACCACAAUGUGGUGCUGAAAAAUGUGAUAGAGACAGAGAAAAUGCAUGUGUCAGAAAUGAGCAAAGUUUUACAGAACUACUUCAGGCCUAUACAGGCAAGUGGAAUAUUAAAUCCUGCUGAAUACAAUCUUUUGAUAGGAAAUUUAGAAGAGAUCAUCACCUUUCAACAGUCUUUUUUGUCUGCCUUAGAGGAAUGUGAAAAACUUCCUCUUGUACAGCGGCGCAUAGGGGGAUUGUUCAUGCAGUAUGCAUCUCGCUUAAAAGAGCUGUACCUCAUGUACUGUGCCAACCACCCACGAGCUGUUUCUGUCCUACAGAAUCAUAGGGAGGAGCUGAGACAGUUCAUGGAGAACUUAGGAUGCCCGCCGCCAGGUACAAAUCAUCUGACCACAUACCUGUCCAAGCCUUUCACCCGCCUUGACCGCUACCCGAGUCUGCUGAAGGAGCUGGAGCGACACAUAGAGGAGAGUCAUCCGGAUAGGGGAGACACACAACGAGCCAUUGCAGUGUACAGGGACAUAGCUAAUUCAUGUAUGGAAAUCCGAAAGCUGAAAGAGAUGGAGUAUGAAAUCCUCACAAGUAGUAUUCAAGGAUGGGAAGGGGAGGACAUUCGGCAGCUUGGCGAGGUCACACACCUGUCACAGGUUAAGGUUCACACACAAACAGGAGAAAAAUAUGAGCGAAUUUUUGUCCUGUUUUCAUCGUCACUUGUGAUGUUGUCAAUGAGUCCUCGACUGUCUAGCUACCAGUAUGAGGGGAAAUUACCACUCAGUGGCCUGACUGCCAACAAAUGUGAAGACAUAGAGAAAUAUCCUAAUGGGUUUGAGAUUUCAGGGCCUAUGAUUGAGAAGAUGACUGUGACAUGUGGGACCAAGAUGGAAGUAGCAGCAUGGCUGGAUGUACUGAGAUGUACAUCAAGACAACCUGUCAAUCCGGUGUCUGUCAAGCCACAGAGUUUGCAGAUCUCUUCAUCCCAGCCCAGCAUCAGCACGAUCUCACAGGCUAAGACUGCUCAAAUCUCGCACACUCUGGCAUUGCCACCAAACCCCAGACCCACCUCUGUAUGGUCUCUCACUUGCUUGAGGCCAGCACCGCCUCUCCGUCCCUCGCUGAUGUGCAGGGAUGAUGUUAUGAAGAGUCCCCGCACCAAUCGAAAGUCAACACAAAGGAGAAAACCUGGAGGUGAAAGAGCACCAGUGCGAACUUACUCUGGGGAUGAAAGCGACUGGCAGCGCAUGACUUACAACGAAGAUGCUUUCAUCUUGCAAGUUAUAGAGGCCUAUUGCAACAGUGCCAAGACAAGACACACCGUCAAUUCAUGUAAGAUAAUGGUGGAACCCAGAAAAAAGGCAAAAGGAGAAAAAGUGGAUCUCUCCAAACUCAGGCUCAGUGACAGUUCAAAUUCAGGUUCUGAUGGAACAGGUUAUAAUGAACUGGGCUCCCCAGAACUGGAGGACUACCCAUUUCUCCAGGGACGUCCAGUUAUGGGCCCUUUCUGCUGUGCCACGUUUCCACUAGCUCGUGGCUUGGCACGUACAAUUAAGAGAUUGUGAAAUGCAAAAGACCAAAAAACUUUCUGUUUUUCAGAUUAAGUGGAAAGGUCACAGAUACUUGCAUUUGACCAAAAAAAAAAAAAGAAAAAAAGAAAACAAAGAAAAAGACAAUGGAAGGUGUAGCAGGGUUUGUUGUUUGUUAUAAACAAUACAAGCAGGAGUAUGCCUGCCUGUUAGAUUAACUUUGUGUGCACCCUGCUUUCACAUAUCUGCAGCAAGGUAGGCAUGUAAGAUAACUGAGGAUGUCUGCCAGACGCAGUCAAUAUGCAAAUGCAGAAUGUAUUAAUUUUGACAUAUCUUAGUGUUGCUUGUAGACAUAAAGACCUCAUUUUCCAGAAAAAAGAUACCAGACAUUUGUAUCCAGUUUCCCAUUUGUAGAAACUGAAAAACUUGCUUGAAGAUCAGGUAAGAAAAAUACACAAUUGUGGUGUCUCUUUUUGAAGCAGAAGUGUCUGGGCAGACUGUUAAUCUUGCUCUGAUAAUAUUUGCACAUAUCGCUGUUGCCUGUCAGAUUUAAUGCUGAUUGACAGGUCUGACAGUUUUGGCAUCCUCACACUUGGGAAACAUAUUUAUAAUUUUGCCAUUGCAUUUUAAAACUGCUUCCUUUUUCUCUUUACCAUUUUUUUCUUUAUCAUAACCAUUACUACUACCACAUGAUUAUCGUCUUCUUUUUUACUUUUGUCCUCUCUUCUCUUCUUCUUUAGUAUGUGAUGAAAAACCUAGAGGUUUUAACAGUUUAUUUAAAGAGGGUUAACCCUCUGCCUUGUAUGUGUAUUGAAAAUUUCUAAUAAUUUUUUUGAAAGGCAGUUUUAAGAGUUCUGUGAAUGUGGUGGUGUGCAUUUGUGUGCUCAUACCAGGGCAUGUGUGUUCAUACUUGGGCAUAUGUGCCCCAUGCUGAAAUCACCACCAUACUGCAGUCUGUUUUAACUUGUCAUUGCUUGAGCAGCUUGUAUACAACACAACAACCACAGGCUGUAUCGGUUCACUCCAACAUAGCAUUACUAGCUUCACUUUCAUUCAGACAUGAACAUGGUCAUACUUUUCUCUCAUAAAAAAGAAAAAAGAAAUUUCAGUGCUGUUUUGCCUCCUCUUUAAUGUUCUGCUGAAAGUGCGGGACCACUGAUGUGGGCCACAAACGGGGCAGCUUCAGUACAGUGUGUACUCGACCACAGCAUUAUAACUACAUGUAGUUCUGGGAUAAGUAUGCGGGCAUAAACUUAAAUUUGUAAUGGACUGCUGACUUGGGUCAUGGGAUCCAGCAAGCUCCAACACUGGUGUGAGGGACCAACCACAUCCAUGUUAGUUCGAUGAAAUUUUAGUUGUAAAUACUUACCAUCUUAAAAUUAUAUAAAAGUUUGUUAAAGUCAAAAUGUGUUUAACCCUAAAGUUUGAUGUAAAAUAGAUUUACUGUUGCACACACCUACAGGCAAGUCUGCAGCCUCUUGCCCAGCACAUCACCUGUUUGGGACAGCUGAGCAGAGUUUAAGAGAGAGUGAAGGGGUAUACUGCAUCUCCAGUAAAUAUCCAUGUGUCUGGGUGUGAGAAAUUCUUGAUGAUGAGCACCAAUUGCUGCAAUUUUUCAAGCAGCCCCAGUACUGCACAAGGCCUGGACAGUGUUUAUUCAGGAACAUACUAGCUUUGAUUAAUACCAACUGAUGAGAGGUUAUGCUGUUCAGUUAGUACUGGUCAUUGGAGGGUUGGGGAGAACAACUGGAUCGUAGCAGCUGACAAAGUUCACUAUGAACACAAUAAUUAGCAACAACUCCAGUUGCUGGAUUCCUACAAGGGCCCUAAAAGUUUGUAACUGAAUUUUGUUUUUUAACAUAUGGUAGAUCAUAGACAUUUUCCUUUUUUGGGGGGGUUAGGUGGAAAGGGUGUAAAUUGUUCACUUUUUUGAGUAAAAAUUUAAGCAAAAUGUUUUUCUUUUUAGCAGCUUGACGUAACGCCUAAGCAGAUUAACAGUAAAUAACAUUUUGGGUUAAGAAUUGUUUCACGUAUAUUACUUGGAUGGCCAGUUUUACAUCCCCAGUUUAUCUUGUAGACCAGCAUGGAGGACAAGCACAGAGUAUUAUUUAUCUGUCCAGUUGAAUAAAUGCUGUAAAUGAGCAGAGAGGUAUUGUUUUCCUGAGUGUAGGAGCAUCAGCUUUGCAUAGUUUAUAAUAUGCAGUCCAGAACAUAAAAUAAAAAAGGAAGUCCCCACCCCACUUUUUUUUUUUUUAAAUUGAAUGACUAUCCAUGAAUUUUUGUGUGUUAAUAAAUAUAUAAUGGACUAAAACCACUAAACAUAGAGAAGAACUAUGGAUAAAUGCAGAAAUAAAUACUUUCAUUCACUUGAAUGCAUGAAUAUGUCAAUAUGACAGGGUAAAGCAGAUGAUUAUAAAUCCACUAUUUAUGUUAUUGGAAGUAAUAGGGAUAAAAAUACCCCCCCCCCUCCAAAAGAAAAAAAAGAAAUUGAUUGUACAUGUUUUUAUGUAGCGUUGUGUUGUUAGAUGAAAGCAGAACCUAAGGAGAAGGGGAGAUCUGUUCACUCCGAGGUUUGGUGUAUUGCUCACUUGUCAUUUUAUUGACGAAAAGACUUGAUAAAGCUACAAAGCUGUCAGAGUGAAAAGAAUAAAAUCUCCAGUUGUAAAUUGUAACAGAUUUGUAUAGUGUUGCCCACACACACACAAACAUAUAUACACAUGCACUCUCAUUCUCUCCCACUUCCACCUACCCCUACCUGAAUUUUGAACAAUAAGUAAAGGUGAGUUUUUGUUCUGUAACACCCCCCCCCUUUUUUUUUUUACAAUAUGCAUCGAUUCAUUGUUUUUUUUAAAAAAAGUAGCCCCUGUGCCAGAAUUGAUUUUUAUGAAAGUUUUUAAAGAGCAGUAUGGUUUUUGGGAAAUAAUAAAUACAGUGUUUGAGCAAAACCUGUAAAAUCCGAAAAAUCUCAGGAAUGGAAAUUUGUAUGGCGUACAUUAUAUGAUUGAUGUAAUACUGGUGCAUAUUCAUUUUCUACUUUAUUUAAUGUACAUGUACAUAGCUGUUAUUUCCUGUGGGGGUGUCUUUUUGAUUUAUAAUAAUAUAAAUUGUAGUACUGGACUUUGAACUGUAGGAGAGAAGGAAAAGGGUUGGCUUAUCCUCUGUCAGUAACAGUAGUGGGUAUGGUAUUAAUUGUUCAAAGUUGAUCAGUAUAAGGACCAUGGCUAAUUCCUGAAAGAGUUACAGAAAUGUAUUAACACGACUUUCAGAGAAUUAUUCUGAAUAAUUGUAAGAGUGAGAAGUGUGGGUUUUUUGGGUGUAAUAGGCCAAGCCGCAUUGAAAGAAGAUAAAUGCUGGAGUGAAUGAUGAGAGAUGCAGCAAAGGUCCCUUAGGAGGCCAUGUUGCUAGGCUAGGAAGACUACCUACUGUAUGCAUGUGUAUGCCAGAGGGAGUGUGUGUAUGUGCAUGGGAAAGGGUUUAUCAGUAUCAAGUGUUACAUAUCUUUGCCACCCAAGGGCUUCUCACCCUUUGCACAUGUUCGGUCAAAUAAUCAGAAACUGUGAUCAUUUUGUUGUGAUUUAUGUUAUCUUUGAGAUUAAUUAUUCCUUGAACUGUCUUGGGUGGCAGAAGUUUGCUUCUUGUAAACAACCUAGAAGUGUUACUUGCAAGAGUGGGUUGUGUGUUUGAGAGAGAGAGCAAAGAUGAGUCUGCAUACAUACUUUUUUCUUUUUUUGUCAAAGAUAAAAUCAUUAAAUCAUUAUGUUGUAAAUAGAUGACUAAUUGUGAGUAAUGACUAUUUAUGUGCAUAAAGCAACAUUCCUGUCAGUGGCUCAUAUUAAAAUAUAAGGCCAUGCACCAUUGAAGUUGUAGAAGGUUCAUUUCUGUCAGUUGUUUCAUAAGCUGUCUUUAGGUAGGGCUAUGUCAGCAUACAGAAUAGUGUUUCAAGUUUGACCUGCAGGCGCCAAGAAUAGUUACCAUAAUGAAUCAUGAGUGUUGAAGAUAUGGAAGUUGUUUACAAGACUAGAUUUGCCUUCCAGAGAGAGCAUCUGUUAUGGUUUGCCUUCAUCAUCUUUGUCAAGUGCUUGUUUUGUUGUACGUUAGUGGAGAGUUCCUAUAUGAAAAAAAUGACAACAUUAAUAAGCUUUACAGCAGUGUUUGAUUUUUCUUUGGGUUUUAUUUUUUUGAGGGACUGAGAGGGGUGUAAUGAAAAAGCAACAGGUUUUUAGUGCCAUGUAACUGCAUCAGUUUCUCUCAAGGUUUAUGCAUGUUCUGGAAUGGGAAGACAGUCUGCUGUUUACUGUCUUGAAUUUAUGUUGCCCUUGUAUGAAAUAUUUAAGCAUGAAGAGUUAUGUCUUUUCCGUUUCAGGAAUUACAGUUGAUGGACAGCUAACAACUCUUAGCAGCGUACUUAAAUAUACUUGAAUUUUGACUCUGAUCGGGGGCUUACUUUGUAGAGGAAUGUUUUGAGCUGUGGGAAAACGGUGAACUUGGGUGUUCAUUAGGCAUGCAUGAAAAAUGUCAAAUAGCAGGAACACCUAUUAGACAAAAAUGCAAAUUCCAAGGGGUGUUGUUCAAAGAGUUGUACAGUAUACUUAGAGUGUUGAGAUGACAUUGGAAAUAAAGUGCAGAUGGAUUUAAAA